UUGCUGCUGAAUGUACCACUUCCUGGAGCAGUUGCCUAUUGAAGACGACUACAGUGCUCACAUUUUAAGCACUUGUUUCUCUAACAGCGGCCUAAAAAUAUUCAGGAUAUCUAGUGAAGUUGGAAAAUUGGUUUAUGGAGUCUACGAUAUUUCCGAAUUCCGACAAGAACUGUUGACCUUCCUGAAAAAUGAACAAGAAAGGCUUGACGAGUUCGUCUCUGAGUUGUCAAGAGCUUGGGAUAAGACUUCCAUUUUUGAAAGGUCCUUAGAUCCUCUUAUUCGUAUUGACUUGCAGACCCCGGAAACGGAUUGCAACCCUCAACAGUUCAUCUCGUUUGAUUCUUCCCUUAUCCGUGUCCUCACCACUCUUCCACCAAUUCAGGAGAACCUGUUUAAUAUUCUCAUACUCAAAUUAUCCGAAUGGCAAAGUUCAAAGAUGAAGUCUUACCAGCAACCCAACUCACACGCUGCCACAAUUCAAGAGAAAAUUCUAGAACAACUGUGUUUCCAGCCAGUCAUAUUGCAAAGUAGUACUUUGGCAAGAAGUCUUGUUGAACUUAUAUCUGUUUCUUCUGAUAGCCUGCAAUACAAAUUGUUGUUUCGUCUUCCUGAUAUACUCGAUGAGGAAGGACAGGAAUUGGCCAGCAGUUUGUUACUCAAGAUAAUUCCUCAUUCUCCUCACUUGCUGAAUCAAGCUCUGGAAGCUUUUUCAUGUAUGUCUCUGAGCCAUGAAAAAGUCUCAACUAUAGUCAAACAACUAUGCGAAACUGGUUCAGGUCUUAGUAUAAAGGCAAUGUUAGAUCUCAUUCUCAUGGUUCCUGAGCCAGACAUGAUGACGCAUGUCUUGCGUUGUUUGCAGAGAUCAUGCAUUGAUUUUGUUGAAGAUUCAAGUCAAAUGUAUGCAAUAAUCAAAAACUUUACAAAGCGAGCAAAGUCAAACGCUACAGCGAGGAAAAAUAUCUUGAAAUAUUAUCGAACGAAAGGUGAUAAACUUGAGGAACUGGACUAUUUUCUUCUGUUUUUAUUAUAUAGUGCUGGAGAGAAGAGAUUCGUAUUGCAUUAUGUAUUCAAAAAAAAUUGGAAACUAGGUAAUCAACCUCUCUUUUCCUCUAUUUACAAUAUUAUCAAAUUGUAUCCAAAGUUUUCUCAUGAUCUAUGUUCUUUACUUGAACUUGCAGCUUGUGAUGCGAAAGAGGCCUUACAAGGUGAACAAAUCAGUUUGAUGUUCGUCACCAUUUUAAGAGCAUUAAAAUGUAUCGAUAAUGGCCCUACACAAUUGAUUGAAUGUAUUAUUUCUUCUCUAGUUAGACUAGUUGAAAGACAUCCCAGUGUCGCCAGUGAUAUUGGAUUGUUUUCUUUACUCUAUAUUUCUCGAAACUGGCCUGAACUUGUCGAGACAUCUCUUCGUUCAUUGCAGAUACUUUGGGAGUAUCUUGAAGUCUUUGAUGAAACAAAUUUACGUUGUCUGUUUGAAGUGUCUGUAAGAGUACUACAGAGAACAAAUCUACGCAAUAUGGAAACUUGUACUCUUUCGAGUUUAGCAAUUCUUCUACAAAAGGACUUGUGCCACAUUGAUGAACGAAUACGUAAAGUUGGAAUUAUAGGAGCUUGUGCAAACCUGGAGCUCAUUCCUUCACUUUUUUCAGAAAAUCAAAACAAUUCAAAACCAAAUUUUCGACUAGCUCCACUCUUUAUCAAUACCAUAACACCUCAGAUACUACGAGAGUUUUCAUAUUUUGUGUCUCGUAGAUUAUUUAGCGUUGAAACUGUCAACAAAAUACUGUCAUCAUCACUCGAAGUCUUUGAACGACAUUUCUCUGUUGAAAGGAGACAAAAAAUUGCCGAAGCAAGCCAGGACGAUCUUUCCUCCUCAUGCGAGGAGCAGGACGACAGUUCAAUAACCACCCUCAUUUUGAAGAAUACGGACAUAGAUUUGUGGAUGGGUUUCGAGUUGUAUCGUUUAAUUGCAAGGUGUUCCAGCUAUGAAAGAGUUGAGACAAAUGCAUUAGCUCAUGUGGUUUCCAUUUUGUGCUUUGACCCUAUGCAACAGACUGUUUCUGAAGACACUUUGAAACAUGGGCUCUUUGCGGCAGGUUUUGCACGAAUAUCCAUAGCCGAAAUGGCCAACAACUUGGAACUAAUAAGUCUUCAUUUUAAAGAGUUUCGUCACAUUGUUCAGAUUCUCGUGAACUUGGAAGCUUUUCUUUCGUCAGCAUUAUAUGAUGAUAAUCACGUCAGUAUGAAAGCAGUCUGGAAGCGACUUGCGGAAAGUUACUCAAUCCAAAACUUUAUCGACUAUAGACAAAUUCUUCCCAACUUCUCUUUCGACACAUUGCACAGAUUUUGUCAGGCAGUGUUUAAAGCUGAACUUCGUCAAAACAUGGAUACUUUGAUUGCUUGUUUUCAUUGCUUUCUCAUUGACUAUCGUCGUGACAUUGAAUCCUUUGACGACCAAGUAGUCUAUGACAAAUUUUCUCCAUGUUGUCGAUACCAUUCGGGCACUUUUUGUCUGGUGACUUUGUUAACAUUACUAACUUAUAACAACGUUAUGCAACCUCAAAAAGACUCUCUUUUGAUGACAACACUUCAUUUAGCUUGCGAAACUUGUUCGUAUGAGCUCAGAAACAAAAAUGCUUUGCAGCUUCUUAUGGUAGAUGACGAUGUUUGUCUUCACUACCUCGUUGAGGCAAAUAUGCUACAAGACUCUAAUGAUGCAUUGCACAAUGAAUUAUUGAGAAUAGAACAUUUCUAUCAUCAGUUAUUUUCCCUCUUUCUAAAAAUUUGGAAGUAUGCUGAGUCCAACUGUUUGGCUGCAUUAAUUGAAUUGUUGAAUAUCAUAUGGAAAGUGCAUCCAUCACAAAACGAUUCAGAGAGUUGUCCUGAAAUUGAAAGCAUUAUUCGAUUACUUGAAGAAAGGAAUUGGGUAAACCAAUUGAAUAUGGAGCAUAAAGAGAGAAUAGCCGAAAUCUUGUUAAAAAACUCCAAAACUGAGUUUUUCCAAGUUUUAUCACAUUCCAAGGCAUUGUUUGAGGGUGACGAUUCAACUUGUUUUCGUCUUAUUUCAGAACUUGGCAAAGUUUUGGCUUCCAUUGAUCGACAAAAGUUGAAAGAAAUGUUACUUCGACUUUCUUUGGAGCAUCUCGAGAUGGAAGUUAAAAAGUACCAAGCUUGUGACAUUGUACAACCAAGUCAGCAUGAUUGGAUUCAAACUCUGAGCAUCUUUUCGCUCGUCUUCUUAACAUUUCAACACAUGUUACAAGAAGCGAAAGAAAAGGCUUCCUUGAAAUAUUUGGGUUUCUGUUUAAAAUGGGGAAGGAAACUUGUUGCAAUUAUUCUCGAUGGCGGCCUGCAGUUGCUUACAAAGGAACUGAUCCACGACAAAGCUCAUGCCAUCAAGCUGUUCAAGGAACUCCAAAAAUGUACCAGAUCUAUUCACCAGAUUUGUUUAUUCUGUAAAGAAACAAAGACGGAAUCUCUGUUGCUCUUAUUACCGCCUGUCAAAAAGCAACUUGAAAUGCUCAUUUUUCGUGUCAAGGAAAUGCUUCAGAAGCAAGGUUUAGCACAUCUAUUUUGGCUUGGGAAUUUAAAAAAUAAGAACUUGCAAGGAAUGUCUGUUUUAUUUUGGUUUACGCUUGCCGUUAUUCCUCAGAGUUCUUGUUUUGCAGUGUGUAUGUGGCGAGAACCUACUCUCAUCACUUUGUUUUUCCUUUCUUCGUUUACGUGGCUAGUGGCACGCAGUUUGGUAGCACUUGCUUGGAUAAUAUUUUGGCCUUCCUUGACUUUGUACACUUUUUGGGUUCUUGUGAGUGCAUGCUUUGAGGAACUGGCGAGAUACGUUGUGUAUAAAACGCACAACCAGAUGAACUCCGCGUUAUGUGAGUAUAAGAACUCUCGUCAUAGAGCAAGUUGUUUGCAGUUGGAGGGAUUUAUAGUCGGGACUUCUUUUGCCGUGAGUGGCUUCUUUGCUGGUGCCGGAACUAAGCUGAUUCACUUGUGGACUGAGGACUCGGGUUCUUUUGAGUCUUUGAGUUCUGAUUCGCUUGCUACGAUUUUGUGUAUAUAUUCAGUUCUCUUGUCAGGUACAAGAAUCAUUAUUGGCUUUUGUAGCUGGACUGCUAUGUCUGACUAUCAAUACAGACAAGUGUUUUUGUUUGGUUUGUGGAGUGUGGCAGUUCAGUUGAUAUUUCUCAAGGAAACUAACUCCAUCAAUGUUUUUUUAUCGUUGAUGGUUAUUUUGAGUUUUCAAUUGAUUUUUUUAGCUGUUUUGUGUAAAAGGAGGUGGUAUUCUAUGAUCUCGUAUGAUAUAAUUUCCACUGGAACGGCUUUGAGUGAUUCUGCUUGUUCAGAAGAACAGAAAUAGAAGCCGUAUGUUUUGGAACCUCUAUCUGUUUUAGUGACUAUAACCAGAGAGAAUUUCUUUGUUUAGAGUUAUAAGUGUGUGGUAAUAUCAAGUUGGAGUGAAUGUGAGUUUAUUCAUAACAGUCGGCAUACAAUAACAUUGUAAGUGUUGAGGAUAAUUUUUUCUAAAUAAUCAAACUGUUCUCAAAUUUGGUGAAAAGACUUUACAUGGAGAUAUCGAAUUGUUUUCAUUGCUCAUAAGAGCUAUGAGAAGCAAUGUUAUUUUGAUGCGAAACAAGUUAGUUCGGUUUAUAUGUUUUAUUGGAGAUUCUUUUCAAGUAGGCAUAGUAACUUCUUUUUUAUAAAAUACAUGUAAUAUUUUUAUUCUUCAAGUCAGUCAUUUUUCAAGACAUCUGUAAAAGGUUUUGAGUCAGUGACAUUGUGUUUUCAAUAUCCAAUGAAUAAGAUAUGAAUUUGAACCUUAGCCAUUCAUUCAUGGGUUUUUUAGUUACUUGUAAGAUCCUAUUACAUAGAACGAUUGAACAGUUAUAAUUAUGGGUAUCAAAAUUGCACUUCUUGAGUAAAAGCUGAUUUCUACUU